UGUGCGCUACUUCUCCGGUAUGGGGUGGACCAAAGAAGAAGACCACCCAACCUGUCUCAAAGUUUUACAAGUGGAGGACUUCGAUUCAGGGAUGCUUAUUUAUCCGACGGUCGCGCGUUUGUAGCCGAUCGAUCUCUUUCUUUCGUCAAACCAAAAAAAAAAAAGAAAAAGGAAGAAGAAGAAUAGGCAAAGAACAGAUGGAAGGAAGAAAAAUAGGUGGGAAGGUGGAGUAUAGAUCGCGGUAACGUAGGCCGCUCGCUCACCAAAGAUUGGAUGCAGCCGAAGUCAUGUGCCGGAAAACAUACCUUUACCCUUCUAUUUACUCGUUUCUUCAAGACACGAUAAAGCAAGCACGAGUUUGGGUGGCUCAGCUCAGUCUUCGUACUCAUCAUAUCGACUCUUUUCUUUGUCCAUGACAAACGCUCACGCGUGCUUUGCACCUCUUAAAUAAUUGCCAAUGACAUAAGAUUGGUUUGGCACAGCUUUCUAUCGGGAGGUGUCGAGGACAUAAGAUCAUAAGAUUAUGUUUCACUUAACCUUCGGAUGCAAUUGCGAUUCUCGACAAAAGGUCGUAUUUUCAUGACUUUCUAAUGAAAUGCAUCGCGCCGCCCCAAUCUCCCUUCAAAUGUCACAUGUCGAGCUAAACCAUGUUCCAAGUCCCUCUUAAAUUAUUUUCCUUCACGGUUGUCAUCGGCAUUAUGGAGGACUUACGCUUAGGGAAGAAUCGAACGCCACCAGCCGCCUCGGAGUGAAUCCAUCAUUUCAUUUAUUGGACUUCGACGAAUUCUUUUUCCUUAGGGAUUUUUAUUUGUGAAUAACUUGAUGGUAUCGUGUUGGACGAUGACCUACUGGAUGCCCCUUUAUCUGCAUUUCCCAGCAUUUCUGCUUCCUCACCAAGAAUACAUCCUUCGACAACUCAUCUGCAAGCCAAGGAGGGAAGAUAUAUUGCUGCCAACAGCAUUCAUUCUUGAUUUCCGCUUUCUACAAGUUUCUUUCUUUUGAGUAGGUGACUACCUGAUCUCCCCUGUUACCACCAACUCUCUUGGUUCGAUUGCUUCCCCUGCUCUGCUGCCCUUCCGAUAAUGUUUUUGCAAAUGUUGUUGCAUCACGACAAUACCAUGCUCUGGCUUCCAAGGCUAGUGAUGCUUUUUACAAAUUGACUGAUACAAAAUCUCAUAUUUGGGCUUAUGUCUUUGAUGAGCUACUGUGCCAAAGGUCAAUAUGGAUAUGUGAUGCUUUCGAGCAGAAGAAUGAUAUUACAAAAGCUGUUGUAGAGGAGCUCGAAAAUGUUAUGUCGGCUUAUGGCUAUGAAAUUGUGCAGACAACAAGUGUUGACAUUGAGCUUUGGCCAUGUCAACAAUUAAUGCAGAAAUCUGCUAACGAUAGAGGGUAUAAUUAAGGAGAAGGAGAACCUGUAUUGGCUGUGAAUUCUCCACUGAUUUCUGAACCAGCACCAGUGAGUGGACUUAAUCUCAACUUUGGACAAGGAGGAAUCAUCAAAAUUAGGUGAUAUUGCACUGGUCACUUCACACGUAAGUCAAGCAAUCAUAGAAUCCACCUCAUCAAAAGAAACUAACAAUGGUAUAGAAGAGCAGGCUGCUACAAAGGCACAGGCAGCCUUCCGUGGUUAUCUGGCAUGCAGGGCCUUUCGUGCCCUGAAAGGUAUUAUCAGGUUGCAGGCGCUAAUUCAUGGGCAUCUGGUUAGAAGACAAGCUGUCGCAACUCUACAUGCUAUGGAGGGAAUUGUCAAGUUACAAGCAGUAGCCCAGGGAAGAAUUGUUAGAUGUACCUUUACUGGACUUAAAGUUGCUAAGAGUUCAGUCAAGCGAAGACUGUGGUUUCAGAAGAUUUUGUCCAAAGAAAUACAUGAUGGUGUGGGUGAUGAUACUGCAGAACUAGGCCAGCCAUCUUCUAGUCCAAGUGAAACAUCACAGAACAAUUUAAAGUCAAAGGUGCUAUUUAUCAGCAGUCACCCGUGGGGGAGCAGAGGAGCAUUACGAGGCAGCGCACACAAGCAAUUAGGAGGAGGAGAGCCUUCAGAGGCCGUGUGAGACGGUGGUGCAGGUGGCGCCAACGCAAGCAGAAAGGCCGGCGGUGGAGCUCUUUGUUGCUGCUACUGCCUGCUCGUGGUAAUUAAGAUGGAUACGGCUUUGUCGGCACCAAGAGAACUUUCACAGGCGGACGAUCUGAGGGAUCGUUCGAACGAGGAGAGUUGUUGAAAUGUCAAGGCGAGGCAGUUUAGUGAUGGCAACGGUCGAGCGGCAAAGCCCCGUCCCAUUCAAUUGGCUAAUGCUCUGUCGCCGCCUGCUUUCUUCUGCUGUGAGAUUAGGUAGGCAUGCAUGCAGGCAGGCGGAUGACGAGGACAUUUAUGUAUGGGAUUGGACAAUUUGUUCCCCACCGCAUUGAAGAAGACCACCCACCGAAACACGUCGAGUCGCCCUGCUCCAACAUAAAGUUACACGACCAUUCCAUGAUCAUCUACACAAAGUGGCCCCGACAUCGAAGAUGCUUCUGUAAUCCCACCGCUAAAGCUGCUGUCAUCCUAUUGACAAAAUCUUAAAUCGAGAUCUCAAAUCGAUUGCAAAGUCAUCCAUCCAUCCUUCACAUCAGAGUCCCGCUUGGGAGAUCAGGGGUUCCAUCAACGUACGCAAUGGUUUGUUGUUUUCUUCUUGGAUUGAGAUCGCAACACGUGGUUGCCUUUUAAUCUCAAGGGAAUAGGGAUGAUCAGAACCGAGCCGGAGAGCCACCGUUCCGAGGAGUUACGAAUGAGUCUAUAACUAGGCGACUCUGCUGAGCCUGCAAGUCCGCCCCCGCCCUUGUUUUGGUGGGUAGGCCAAGCAAGAUGUGCGAUAGCCAGGUUGCAUAGUUCCUCCUCCCACUCCCUCCAUCAACCACCACCUUAAUGAGAUUUAUUAUUGUUA